GUAUGUGUGUAUGUGUGUGUGUAUGUAUGUGUGUGUGUGUACUCAUAAGAAAAGGGUGUAGGUGUGUCUAUGUGUAAGUAGAAGUAAAAACUUGGGGGAACAAAUGAAAUAAACACAAAUAUAAUAAAAUAAUGUGAAAUAUGUUUGUGCAUUGUGCAAUAUAUGUGUAGGCAAGGGAGCAGGCAAGGCAGAUAAAUCAGCAGGCAGACAUCGAGACACUCCAGGAGCAGCUCAGCAGGAAGGGGUCGGUGCACUCUACAUUCCACAGUUGUAGACACGUGGUUAUGUCCCUGGGGUCGUCUGAUAAGCGAUCUGAUGGCUCGGAGAGGAGAAGCUUUUGCUCAGCUGCUCAGGGAUAGAGGUACCUGUCAGUGGCUGCCUGCAGCUCAGGGACAAGGGGGCGGCGCUGGGAGGCUGUCAUUUUCUUCCCCUAGGGCAGACAUAUUUAUCACGUGUAUUGCUGUGUGGGGUUGGGGUCGGGCUGCGAUCAGGGGUCGGGAGGGUUAACCGGCAGCUGCUGCUCGUUCCCUAGGGGGAACCUCUGACACUGACUCUGCGGCUUCAGCCGCUGAUGCAGAGAGAUAAGAUGCAGAGAGAUAACUUAAAAUGCCAAAGAACGUAUUAUAUACGUUCUUAGCAUUCAGAGCCUUUGUCUGCCAGCACUGCCCAUCAUGAAGCCACGACCCCUCCUCUGUCCUGCGAGUCUCCUAUAGGAGACCACAGCUCUUAAACCAGGCUGAGGAAGGAGGACAGAGGAAUGUAACGGGAGGAGGGAGACUGGAACAUGAUUUGUGACUAGGACGGAGUUGUCACUGCAGCAGCUUCGGAUGUGUGAGUGAAGCAAGGAAUAAACUGUUCUAUUUCGUAUCGCAAGUUACAAGAUAAAUACUUGAUAUGUCGCCAAGGCAGCGUGAGCCUUCCUAUUUGUACAACUAUCUGCCCUUUCAGCAGCAGGUGAUAUAAAGUUGUUAACGCGAUGUUCAGAUAAUUUUUUUUCAAAGAAAUAUAAUCUAGCAACCUUGCCUUUGAGUGACAGCAGACUAGCCAAUAAGAAGGGAGCUGUAUCUGUCUCUCAUUUGCAUAUGACUCCGACGCCAGGCUGCAGGAGAGGGGAUGUUCAGAGCAGGGUGAGAGAGCAAGAAGGGAAAUAUUUCAAAAACGCUGAGUGGAUCCAGGAUGAUCCUGAAUCUGAUGAUGGGGAUAAUGCACCACCACCACCUGACCAGGCAGCACCGCCACCACCUGACCAGGCAGCACUGCCACCUGUCCAGGCACCACCACCUCACCGGGCAGCACCACUACCCGAACGGGCGGCGGCACCACCACCGGACCAGGCACCACCACCACCACCACCACCUAACCAGGGGCUCAGUGUAGGCACUCAGACUGGGAAUGCCUAUUAUGACCACACUGAGCUCCUGGUCACCCUGGUCCACCAGGUCAAUGCCAUCAGGCAGGAUCUGGGAGAGGUCAGGGAGAUUGUGGAGUCCCUGCAGAGGGUCAUUGCUCCUCCUCCUCCUCUGUAAUAUAUUGUUUUU